UGACCGAAACAUUAGUACUACUUCGCCCGUGAAAUCGUUGCUUUUUCCCCCUCUCUUCGUCUCCUUUCUUCCUCUCCCAACAGCCCAAAAUCCCCAAAUCCCGUUUCUCUUCCCUCCCAACAGCCGGUGAAAUCGAUUCCCCGUUUCUUCACUCCGUUUCCUCUCCCUUUUUUUGGCCAAGCCAUUACGAUCCCUUUGCCGUGAGUCACCAGUUCAUCUUCGUCUGCCGUGAGGCACCAGUUCAAGUUGUUGCCGUGUGUUUCAGCUUCACGGACCUCCAUCACCUCCAUAGGCGCACUGUCAAAUCUCCGCUCCGAACGUUCUCUAUCUCCCAAGGACUACUCCAUCUCCAUGCAUGCAUCGCUCUAGAACCUAGUCAGUCUGCAAUAGUCAUGAAUUAUAUAUGAAGCCUGGGAGCCCCAAAAUGGACAACAUGGUAGAUUCUCUGAACAAUGCAUAUCAGGAGUUUGUUGUUGCAGCAGCUAAUGUACUUGAAGCGAAGGAGGUUUCUGGUGCUCAGAAAACAGCAGCCACAGAUGCUGCUCUAGAAAAUUUUAAGCAGAGGUGGGAGUUGUUCAGAGUGGCUUGUGACCAAGCGGAGGAGUUUGUGGAGUCUGUGAAGCAAAGGAUAGGAUCAGAGUGCCUCGUGGAUGAAGCAACUGGCUCACUGGCUGGGAAGCCUGGGCAAGCUGCUACUACUGGUCUUCCACCCAUUAGUGCAGUCCGGUUGGAACAGAUGAGUAAGGCUGUCCGAUGGCUUGUGAUUGAACUACAGCAUGGUUCUGGAACUGGUGCUUCCCAUUCCCAUCCUCCUCCUCCUUUUGAUGCUAGGUUCUCUGAAGAUGCAGCUCAAUAGAGAGUGCUGGGGAAAUAAACACUAUCAAAGCACAUGGGGGAAGCUUGGCCUGGGGAUUUUAUUUUUCGAUGAUCUGUUAUGCAAAGACUGAGGAUACAAGGGUGCACCAUUAAGGCUCUUUUAUAUACAGUUGCCGACAAUUUUAUCGUAGAGCUGCAGACUGUGGGCAAGACUAACAAUCUUGUGGAAAUGACAAGUUCACAUAUGCGUGGGAGUCUUUAUUUUCUAUGGAAUUUUAACCCUGCCUUCCGAUUUAAUGUGUUUUGGUGUGUAACAUUUCGUCUGUAAUUUGUGGUUAUGCUAGCAAGUAAAACAAUGCUGUAUUGUUCAAUUUGUGGUUUAUGCGUACCUUUUGUUUUGGGUUCAUUAAACUUAUUUAAUCUUAUUUAUUAA